GCGGCCCCUUCCGGUGCGGCCGGAAGCGGCUGUCCCAUGGUCUGGCGGCGGGAUGGCGGCGAAAGGGGCCGCGCUGCUGCUGCUGCUCGGGGCGGCAGCGGCGCCGGGCCCGGUGCGGGGCUCGCAGGGGGAUCGGGAGCCCGUGUACCGGGACUGCCUGGCCCAGUGCGAGCGGCGCAACUGCUCGGGGGCCGGCCUGCGGCACUUCCGCUCCCGGCAGCCGCUCUACAUGAGCCUGACAGGCUGGACCUGCAGAGAUGACUGUAAAUAUGAGUGCAUGUGGCUUACAGUGGGGCUUUAUGUCCAGGAAGGUUACAGAGUGCCUCAGUUUCAUGGCAAGUGGCCCUUUUCUCGCUUCCUGUUCUUCCAGGAACCUGCUUCUGCCUUUGCUUCUUUCCUUAAUGGACUUGCCAACUUUGUGAUGUUGACUAGAUACAAAGCAUCUGUCCCGCCUUCCUCUCCCAUGUACCACACCUGUAUCGCCUUUGCCUGGGUUUCAUUAAAUGCCUGGUUCUGGUCUACAGUCUUCCAUACAAGGGACACUGAUGUAACUGAGAAAAUGGAUUACUUCUGCGCUUCCACCGUCAUCCUGCACUCCAUCUACCUGUGCUGCGUCAGGACCCUGGGUCUGAAACGUCCAGCCUUUGCUAAUGCCUUCGGGAGUUUUCUGAUCCUCUUCCUGGCCUGCCAUGUCUCGUACCUGACGCUUGUGCGCUUUGACUAUGGCUACAACAUGGCCGCAAACGUGGCGAUCGGCCUUCUCAACCUCUUCUGGUGGCUGGGCUGGUGCGUCAGGAACCAGCAGCGCCUCCCGUAUGUGUGGAAGUGCAUGGUGGUGGUGCUGCUCCUUCAGGGCCUGGCGCUGCUCGAGCUCCUGGACUUCCCGCCCUUCUUCUGGAUCUUCGACGCCCACGCCAUCUGGCACAUCAGCACCAUUCCUGUCAACGUCCUCUUCUACAGUUUCCUCCGUGAUGACAGCCUGUACCUCUUGAAGGCAAACUCGGACAUUCUGAAAAUAGACUAAAGCUGUAGGGGGGGCCUGUUGUGUGGAGAGGAGCGAUCCCCUUCCUGAUGGAAACUGUCACGUGAGACCUUCUGAGCUCCUUUCCCAGCAGCAUGCCGGGUCUCAAGGCUCUCGAGAAGCGGAGAUGUUGGGCGCUUUCAUUGCGUCCCUGUCCAUAAUAUGUGCUGUGCCAAGACCUGCUCUCUGCCUUCUUUGCCUCCUGGGUGCACCCGAAUCCUGGGUAAACGUCCCCCUCCACCGGAGCUGAGUUUUGUUUCCUCUCUUUUUUUUGCCUUCAGAAAUUUUAAUUCUAAUCCCAUGACUUGUUCCAUUAGAACAUCAAUGAUCCAUCUCGCCCACGCGCUCCCCCGCACACACUGCAAUUAAUGCUCUUCUGUGCUACCGGGCAACAUGGUGCGUUUCCGUUUCCACUGUUACGAAAUCCGUUUGAUUCUCAGCUUGCUGAGGGAUUUCAGACUAAGUGGGAAAUAUUGGAGGGCCAACUGGUGACUCGGCAGACUGGAAGAUGUCGCGAGUACAUGGUGGGGACAUCUGGUCAUAAAGUUGUGUGGCCCACAGGACCUCCAACUCUGCAGUCCGGCACUGCUGAAAUGGGUUAUUGUUAAUAUGUGUAAAUAAGAUGGGUGGGCCAAGGGCAUACGCUGCUCUGUACAUUGGAUUCACUCGUCCUCUGAGACUAGAACGUGCGGGACACCUUCUUCAGCAGUUGUGGGGAGGUGGAUCUCCCAGGUUAUUGGGCACUUGGGGUGAAUGUGGGAAUGAGCUCUUUGCUGUGCAGAGGGGAUUUUUUUGAAAUGGGAUACUUGGUGCAAUCUUUGAAAAUCUCAGUGCAGUGUGAAAUGUCAGGCUGACUUAUUUUUCCGCUCCUUGACAAACCUGCUCUGAUGAAUCCUGUGUGCCCUAUAGGGGAAAAUGCCCCUUUUCUGCAAGGGGAGGGGGCAUUAAGGACCCCCAGAGAUUCCCUAGUCCCUGCAUGCCACUUUAAAUCACCCACAUGUUGUGGCUAGUGCACCAUCCUUUCUGGCUGUUAAGUGCUGAGAAGGGGCUCCCUGCAGGGCUGAGAUGAGGACCUCCUGGCUAGAGGUGGGGGUGACACCCCCCCCACAUUAUUCCAGUUGUUGAGGGGAGCAAAUGAAAAGAAGAACAGGACCAUUCUGCGCAUAAUGACAUUCCGGGCACCCCCUUUGCAAUUGCAUUAGUCAGUGGCCUGCUGUAUGUUACAGGAUUAGGGUCUUACUGAGUAAAGUGAAAGUCUGAGUGCUCUGGGCUCUGCUUGUAAAAGCAGAGAGACCAGGAAUGCGGCAGAAAGCCGAAGGGAUCAGCAAGUGCCUUCCUGAUUGCCAAAGGAAGUUAAUGAAGUAGAUGAUUGCUCAUCGCAAAAGUUAUGACUAUUGCUGUGUUGCUGUACCACCACUAGGUGGCGAGCGUUGCCAUUUAUAUUUCAAACUCUCUCCAUCUCCCUGCAUGAGGCUUGCAGCCGGCCAGCUGGGCUGGUUCGCAUUCGCCCUGAGCUUCGUACAGACAGAAGUGAAAGCAAUCCGGCAUCGAUGUGCCCUGUGCCACCAGAGCGGACUUGGGACGUUGGCUUGGAGAGACCAUGAAUCUGGGUGUCCUCCAUUGUAGUGUGCUGUACGGUCUCCUAGAGAAUUCAUGCCUUGUGUCUGAAUGGGCCCAGCCUGCGUGUGACCCCGUUAGAGACAGCCAGGCCGUUCCUGGUUCUGUUAAAGGCUUGGAGUUAUUAGCUCAGACUUCUAAGUUUGCAUGGGGCUGCAGUGUUUGAUUUGGGGGAGUGUGUGUGUGUGUGUGGGGGGGGGGGGAGGGCUUGUUUGCAAAAUUAGAUUUAGUUCCAUGGUUAAGAUAAAGUCCAGGUGUGUGAUUUGGGGGCGGGGUGGGAGGGAUCGCACUCCAGUUGGGAAGUGGAUGCAGCCUUGGGUAACCUCCAUGGCUGGGCUUGGCUGCCCACCUAACGCACAGAUGUGACGUGAGAGAAGAGGGUAAUAUACAAGCUCUUCCAAACAAGGGACAGGAAGCCAAGAACUCACCAGGGACCUGAGCUACAAUGAGUCUGGGGAACUUGGUCCCUUCGCUUUGCGGGGUCAGUGCUGCUUGCUCAUCAGUAAGGACCUGAGUGGUUCCAUUGACUUAGCUAGGACUGCCUAAGGCUCUGAUCCAAAGCCCUUUGCAGUCGGUGGACAGGAGGUCAGGCAUCCGUGCUUAGUGGACUGGACUGUACAGAAGUCUGCAAGGACGAUGGCCUGGAGAACAUGAGCCAAGCUGGGAAGACCUGGCAAGGGGCUACCUAGAAGACUUGUAUUUAUGUUGACCGCAGUUAGCACAAUAGCUUGUGUUCAGUGGAAAUUAGAGACUAUGGCAGCAUGGUGAUAACCCCAGAGAACUGUUAGUGGUGGCUAACUCUGUGUGUGUUUGUGCGUGCGUGCGUGCAUCCAGGUGUAAUUGACUACAUACCAUUAUGUUUGCCCCUGCUUAGGGGCAGGUGUCUGUCAGUUUGUAUCUCUGUCACUGCUUUGUCUUGUUCAAAAACCAAACUGUUGAACUUAAGUUGCCUGUAACAUCCUUGUCCUGGUGAUGAGAAAAUCUUCUACAGCCCAUAUGUUUGUCCCAGCCUUACAUAUGUGUCUCUCUCUUCUCUUCUGCCUCCCCCUUGUUUAACCUGCCUGUUUUCUUCCCAGAGAAACCACCCAAUGCCCUGGCUCUCCUCCAAUUCCAGAGCUUGUAAACUCCACCGCUGCCCAGCUGCACUGAGCUGCUUAAUGCAAAGAGUGACUUCUGCAUGUUCCCCAGACAUCUGUGGAAAGAUCAGUCCAGACAAGCCACCUUGAAAGCUUUAGGAAAAUUAAAAGUAGAGGCCAGCACAAUCCUGGUCCUUAUUACUUAUUAGCCCCUGCUCUGAAUUCCAAACACUCUUUAACCUGGUAUCCUCCAUUCAUCUUGCUUUACAGAGAUCCUAGACUAGCCAUACCCCUGGUGCAGGAGCCCGUAACUUUGCAGAGCCAUAUCCAGAAUGAGCAAACGGAGAUGUUGUAUGACUCCCGCAGCACUUUGUCGUCUGGCUAGCGGAGAAUGCCCUGUCCAGCUAGCUCCUAGGGCAGGGAAAUCUCAAGGUAAACAAGUAGAAUCCUCUUCCUGCCGGAUGAGAGCCGUCUGUGGAGGGGUGCAGUACCCGCUGCACAGGAAGGGCCAUUCCUACGCAGGUGGAUCUGAGCAGCCGGGGCCAGGCUCUGCAUCGGAUCGGCGCUGAAAGUACUAGGCAGGCCAGCUUUCAAGUCAGGCCCUGGAAUUUCAUGUUGGAAGUGGCGUGAUUAGAGACCGUGCACAACUCUUGAUGGGGGGCAGGAUACAAUUUAAAGAUUUGGAGGGGUGGGGUGCGCCUGCCUCACACGUGUCCUCUGGGCUGAAGAGCAGCAGGAGGGCCAGGGCAGCGGCAAGCAAGCACCUCAGGGAGCAUCUCAUGACAGCUGGUCUCCACUGGCAGGGGCUGGCUCCUGGGGGGGUCACCGGUCAGCCCCGGGCUCCUUCGGGGGGAGGCAAGAACACAUCGGGCACAUCUUGGAGCUGUGCCGCCCACCCUGCCUGGGGAGCACCCAGCCGUGCAGAGGUGGCCAGGCUCGGGGAGCAGAGGAACCAGGCAGCCAGCCAGCGCUCCGGCUCCCACAGCCCAGAGAGCCAGGGACCCAAGCAGGCUGGGCAGCUUCCCACCAGCUUCCAAUCCUCUGGCUCCUGGCAGGAGGCGAUGGUUUCCAAACGGUGGGCUCCAUGGUUUGAAAACCUGAGUGCUAAAUGGAGGGCAGACACCGGGGGGGCUCACGUGUCCCCCUGCAUUGCCUCUGCACUUGAUGUGCACUGAUCAUGAGCAGUGAGAGGGGGCGAGUGGAGCUGAUGGGAUGGCAGCUGGCGCCGGGUGGCUGGAACUGGCUGAGGCUUUUCCCACAUUCAGUGCAUUGUAGUGGGGUCCUUCUCUGGCUGAGCCCGGCUGGGCAGUGACAUGUCUGACUCGCUGGGACCUCUCUUGCAGCCAGUGGAUUUACCUGGUCUCUUCCCUGGAGGGAUUCUGUCCCUGAGGACUCGGGGUAUCUUCCUGGCAGCGGCCCAUGCGGUUCCACAAGGCUAGGCCCUCCUCUCGCUCAUCUCCAGUCGCAGUCCCACCCUUUGGCAUGCGGUGGUCCAGAGCUGUGGAGUGUCCAGAGCUGUGUCCAGCCCAGGGGUCUGCCAAAAUAAACCAGAGAGCAGGGUUGAAGUUGAAGCCUGAGCAAUUUAGUUUCGAGGGGCCCCCUGUGGCAUCAGGCCCUGGGCCAUACCGUGCUUGCUACCCCCUAAUGCUGGCCCUAGCUUUUAAUCCACUGGAUAUGCAGUUGUGGCCCAGGUGGGCCAUGAAAUUUUUAAAGCAUGUUGGGGGGUGCUCAGAAAGAGAGAUUGAGAACCCCUGGUCCAGAGAAUGGCUCCUUCACCUUGGUAGAACCUCCUGCCUUCCUUAUGCUGGGGCUGCAAUAGGCCAGCUGGGCUCGCUUGCCAAGGUCGGCACCAACUGGCAUAUCUGCUGCUUCCUAGGUCGCUGGUGGGCAUUGGCCUGUUACUGAAAGGAGUCGCGAUAGGCCUCGGUACCAUCCUCUUCUGAUAGUGCUGGGACGUGGCUGGGCUUUCCCAGGUGGGGGUGGGGCUGAUGCCAGCAUUCCCUCCUGGCACGGGGCCUCCUGACACUCCAGCCCCUGCUCUGUCCCCUGAGACUGGCCUAGCAGGACUUCCCUUGCUUCCCCCACUUCCUGAAGAGCCAGCGUCCCUUCUUCCCACUUGCUCCAGGGCUUGGCACCUGCUCUGCAGGCCCAAGGCUCUGACCUCACCUUUCCAUCCAGCAGCCAUCCCAGGGCUUUGCCUUAUUCCAGCCUGGUCUCCUGUAGUCACUGUGCUCCGAGUCUCGGGGGAAGCAUCUCUGGAAAAAAAAUGCCCUGUCUCUGGUUUUAAACCUUAGUUUUCCUUACUCACUGUGUGUGCGCGUGUGCUGGAGCAGAUAGUUUUCGGGCCAGUUUAAAAACUUCUAUUGCACUGGGAGGCCUUGAUCCAUGAGCCCCUCCCUCCCCGUGGCUUUCCACCAGAGUGCUGUACCAGAGCAAGGAGGAGGCAUUUGGUGUGACGCUGUAGUUAGCAGGGUUGUAAUGGAGGCUUCUCAUGGAAAUUCUUGCCAAGAACAGACUGGCUGUGUGGGCAGUGGUAUACAACAGGUGAUCGUACAGUGAAAGCAGGUGAAGUUUCUUUCGUGUGUGUGUGUUUGUGUGUGAGAGAGAGAAAUGAUUGACCCCGGCCGCAAAAGCAGCUUGUGGCCUCUGAGCGCUCUGUGCCAACUUCUUACUGAAACGUCCCAGUGGGUAAUUUUAGAAGUAGAAAACAAACAGCACAUCCUCCCCAGAUAGCUUCCAGCCAACGCAGCACAUUGUGUGCUCGCUCGCUGGCCUUUCACCCUCGUAGCUAUCACCGGAGCCUGGCAUUUGUUUUUCACAUGGAAAGUGACCGGACAUUCUACUGGCAUCGCCCCUGCCAGCCACUUCAGCUGGGCUUGGUAACAGAAUUUCCUGAAGGUGACCGGAAAGUGCGGUUGGUGGGAGCAGCUGCUUUGCUGCGGGGGAAAGGGGGAGAGCAUAGAUUUGUGAGUUUCUUUUUCCUCCUCCGUUUCCGAGGAUAUUUCCUUCUCUGGUUAUACAGGUGAUGGGUUGGGAUAAUCUGUAUAUAUCAUGGUAAUAAGGGAAUGGGGGCAGAUUUUUUAUCACUGUACAGCCCACACACCUGUCGUGUGGGGAGGUGACUGUGACUAACGUGUAUUCUGUUGCUGUUUCACUUCUUAAAUCAGCUCUUUGGAGCGUGAUCAGUUCAUUGUAUUAGACUUGGGUCAAGUCGGCGAUUAUUGCAAACGGUGCAAAUGAACCUUUGUCUUUGUUGUUGUCCUGGUUUCUCUGAGAAUAAAAUUGUAAUUAAUCUAAUAA